AUUUUUUGUAGAGACGGAGUCUCACCACGUUGCCCAGGCCUCGGCCUCUUAAAGUGCGGGGAUUACAGGCAUGAGUGUGAAGUGUUAAACAGCGGCUCAGGGAGGCCAACCAGGGUCCAAGAAACCCCGUCCCUGCUGCCUCCACUGGUCCAGAGCUAGUACCCCCAGCCAGCAUGACACUCAUGUCCCAGACAUUGUGGGUCAACAGAAAUUCAGAUAGCUAAGAGAAUGGAAACGGACAAAGGAGGCACAGGAGGAUUCCGUGCCAGAGUCUGGAUUGGUCACCCCCGUUCAGGUUCUGCCUGAGGAAAGGAGAAUGGGGUCCGGGCACAGUCGGCUGGAUGGAGCAUCUGAAGACGGCUUGCACCAGAGCCCUCGUGGCUGAAGGAAGAAGCCAGGGGUGUUUAGACAGAGCAGCAGAGAAGAAACAGACAUCCUGGAUCCCGCGGGGAGCAGGCCGGGGCUGGGAACAGGAGGUCUGUUUAUUCCUGGCAGUCCCAUAUCAGAAGGGUCCCACACCCACUUCUGUCCAGGCCCCAGGCUGAACUCUCCCAGAGCCUGUGACUUCUGCCCUACCAUAUCGCGUGGUUCUGAGGGCCGGCCCUGGAACCCUGCAUCCUCCCCACCCACCAGCUCCCUCGAGGAUGGAUUUGAGGCUGGAUGCUUUCGUCUUCCCACUUUUUGUCCCAACAGAAGUCCCUCCUCUUCAGGAUCCCUGACUGACUGUGCAGAGCUGGCAGAGCCGGCAGAGCCGGCAGAGCCACACUCCGCGGACCUCCAGCCCUUCAGGCCCAGCUCUCCUGGAGAGCACGGAAGUCCCUUUGCUCCAUUUACUUUUUCAGCCAGGAAGUGUUUCCUAAUGUCUCACCCCCAGCGCCAGCUUUCCUGCUGCAGUUUCCGCCUGUUCCCUCCCAUUUCAGGCCUUAAGGGAGUGUGGCUGGGCUUCUCUCCUCCCCCUCACUCCAAAGCCACACUUGAUACAAGGUGGAAAUCGAGGCACCACUCCUCCUGGCUUCCCAGCCUUGAACUUGCCCUUCCCUCUCAGUGUACCUGGUUUCCUCAGUUUCCCUGUGCAGCAAAAGUGUCACUCCCCUCUUGCUUUUCCUAAGCUCCCCAUGUGCCUCUCUCAGCAGAUCUGUCUUAGAGGGGCCAGGUGCAGAGAAAAGCAAAAAUCCUAAUAAUGUUCCUAGCGAUCGCUGCCUGUCACGGAGUGCUGAAGGACCAAGUGCUGAUCUGAGUCCUCAUCACACGGGACCUCAUUUAGUCUCACGAUAGGUGAGUACAACUAUGGGCCCCAUUUUACAGAUGAGGAAACUAAGGCAAGAGAACUUUAGUCAUUUGCCCAAGUUCACCAGCUUUUAAAAGGAUCCGGACAGCUCUGAUUCCAGCGCCAGCUCAUGCCUCUUCAUUGUGGGGGAGGAAAGAGAGGGAGUCGUUUGUUGGAGCAAACCCCCACCCAUCAAGGGCCAAGCCACUGGCGUAUAUGCAGCCAUAUGUGUUAUGCUGUGAUAUGCCCCACCACGACCUUAAUUAGAGGUCGUUUUUCUUGUUCCCAUUUUAACACAGACAAAAACCGAGGCCCAGUAGUACCUUACCCAAGGUCACAUCCCCAGAGCCAUUUGUCCCUCAUAGUUCAGAACUUAGAAAGCAGUUGAGAAAAGUAUGGAAUGACGCCAGAUUCAGGAAGGUAAGUCUGACCUUAUAAACUGAAAGGCCCAUCAGGCGAUGGGAUGGGGAAGUGAAGAUCCUCAGGCCCCAAACACCCGCCACUGCCGCCAUCACACACGGAAGUAUGAGGGAGCCUGGUGUACUGUCAACUGACCGGCCAGUCCAGGGGCUUAAAUAUAAAUGCAUCAGCUGAGGCGGGAAGUCAGGAGGGGUAAGUCAAUCACUAUUAUUCAUUAACUGGAAUGCAUUUCUCAGAUUACUCCAAGCUGGAGUAGGGAAACUGCCACCUAGGUGGCAGGGCAGAGGGACACUGGGUAGGAGGGGGAGGCAGGCCUCCCAGUUGCUGCGGUUCAGAAUACGCCAGGUCCCACCUCCCAGAGGCGGGGCCGGGGCUGAGUCCCGCCAGCCUCGUUUCUCCAUCCCUCUGAGAACCCAGACGGGCAGAGCCUGAGUAGGAGAGCCUGGCCCCGCUGUCUCCACCGGGUGGAGACACCAUGCACUUGGUCCACUUGUGCUCUUCAGCCAGGACACCAGACAUGGUCCAAACCCCUGCAGGGCUGGCUGCAGCAACUCCCUGACACUCAGGAAGGCCCAGGCUGGGCAGGCAAUACCUGCUCCCAACAGCCAUGUGAGUAGCUACUCCCCCAACCCCCAAACCCCAGAUCCUGGAGAGGCCACUGCACCCAGCCCAAGCCACCAGACCCUCGGGGGUGUGCAGGUGGUACAGCCUGCACCCUGCUGGGAAAUCACCCCUAGGGGCUGCUCCCUGCCUUUGUCACUGUUCUGGUGGAGGUGGGGUAGGGGGAAUCAUUCCGAUUAGGGCUGGGAGCUCCAGCUUAGGCCAGGUUUGGGGUAAUGAACCCUGAGUCUCGCGGGGCUUGAGAGAGUUGAUGGUGCUAGGGGGAAGGGAACAGAAACUGGAAGGCCUCUAGAGAGGAAAAGACAUCCUGGGUGGAGGGCACUGGAGGAGACUGAGGAAGAGAAAACACGAUUAGGGGAGGGGAAAGGGGGCACAAGGCCUUGGAGGCCCGGGUUCGGGGUGCUGGGGGAACCUGGGAAGGAAGGGGAGCAUCUUCCUUCCUCUCAGCUCAGGGUGGCCAUGGGGCCCUGAUCCCCUGUCCUGGAGGAGGGGAGAGGUAUGAAUCCUUUCCUUAUUGACUUGGAUCCUAGCAACAGCAGCUGCUCCCCUGUUGACAGAAGCAGGAGUUCCCACAGGACCCAGGACCCCUCCCCCGUCCCCAGGAUGUGGCAGCAGAGCCAUGACACUGGAGGACUGAGACCAGGGAAUGACGGGAAGGACAGGGACAGAUGAGAGCCACAGAGAAGCCAGGCUUUGCCCACUGACUCCUCUUCCCUCUCCUCUGGGCUCAGCCUCAGGCCUGGGGGUGUUGGGGAGUCCCUGUCCUUGCUGCUGGCAUCUCCAUGUUCACUGCCACAGGUCCCCUCCUGCUGCUUCUCUCCUCCCUCCAGCUCCCAGGAAGGACCCUGUUGCUAGUGUGGAGCAAAGACGAGUCAAGUUUAUGGGCUGGAAGUCCUACCCGGAGGCUGCUCACUGAGCUGUGAUGGCUACAAGGACAGAUAGGGGGAAGGGCACAGGGUGCCCGAGACCUGGCCCACUGGAGCCUGUCACCUAAUGGCCGGCCGGAAGACCACUACACACCAGCCAGCCCUGGUCCAUUCUUUUGGCUCAUUUAGGGGCCUCCCCGGUGGAGGCAGGGAUACACAAAAUGCUUUGGGGCUGGAUGGACCCGCCUUUCAGUCUAAACAAGAGACCUAAACACAGCCGCCCAGAAAAGGCAGAUACCAGAAAUGGAUAAAGCUGGCUGGGUGGGGACUGUCGGAAGGGCAGCCAGCAGUGAGCUCCGGCUGGUUGCUACCAUAUAGGACAUAUGUGUUGCCAGACCUGAUUUUUCAAUAGAAACCAAAGAUAGUUUUUUAUAUAAAUGUUUAAUUGGCAAUUAUGAAAAAUUCUGUGUAUCAGUGAACAUAAUACAGCCCACAGCCUGCGGGUCUGUGUCCCUGGACUAACAUGCCGCCCUGCCAGGAGGACACGACCUGCAGCCCCAUCCUAACUCUGGCCACCCCAUCCUGCAGGCAUGCCGGCUGCCACUCCAGGACUCCCCCGUCCUCAGGACCGAGAUGACGCCCAACAGCACUGGCGAGGUGCCCAGCCCCAUUCCCAAGGGGGUUCUGGGGCUCUCCCUGGCCCUGGCAAGCCUCAUCGUCACAGCGAACCUGCUGCUAGCCCUGGGCAUUGCCUCGGACCGCCACCUGCGCAGCCCGCCUGCUGGCUGCUUCUUCCUGAGCCUGCUGCUGGCUGGGCUGCUCACGGGUCUGGCAUUGCCCACGUUGCCAGGGCUGUGGAACCAGAGUCGCCGGGGUUACUGGUCCUGCCUCCUCCUCUACUUGGCUCCCAACUUCUCCUUCCUCUCCCUGCUCGCCAACCUCCUGCUGGUGCAUGGGGAGCGCUACAUAGCAGUCCUGAGGCCACUCCAGCCCCCUGGGAGCACUCGGCUGGCCCUGCUCCUCACCUGGGCUGGCCCCCUGCUCUUUGCCAGUCUGCCCGCUCUGGGGUGGAACCACUGGACCCCUGGUGCCAACUGCAGCUCCCAGGCUAUCUUCCCAGCCCCCUACCUCUACCUGGAAGUCUAUGGGCUUCUGCUGCCCGCUGUGGGUGCUGCUGCCCUCCUCUCUGUCCGCGUGCUGGUCACUGCCCACCGCCAGCUGCAGGACAUCCGCCGGUUGGAGCGGGCAGUGUGCCGCGAUGAGCCCUCGGCCCUGGCCCGGGCCCUUACCUGGAGGCAGGCAAGGGCGCAGGCUGGAGCCAUGCUGCUCUUCGGGCUGUGCUGGGGGCCCUACGUGGCCACACUGCUCCUCUCAGUCCUGGCCUAUGAGCAGCGCCCACCCCUGGGGCCUGGGACUCUGUUGUCCCUCAUCUCCCUGGGAAGUGCCAGUGCAGCGGCAGUGCCCGUGGCCAUGGGGCUGGGCGAUCAGCGCUACACAGCCCCCUGGAGGGCAGCCGCCCAAAGAUGCCUGCAGGGGCUGCGGGGAAGAGCCUCCCGGGACAGUCCCGGCCCCAGCACUGCCUACCACCCAAGCAGCCAAAGCAGCGUCGACCUGGACUUGAACUAAAGGAAGGGCCUCUGCUGACUCCUACCAGAGCAUCCAUCCAGCUCAGCCACCCAGCCUGUCUCCACUGGGCCCCACUUCUCUGGAUCAGAGACCCUGCCUCUAUUUGACCCCACACUGACUGAAUAAAGCUCCUCUGGCUGUUUA